GCAACUCUGUGCACCUUUUAAACCCCAUAAACCAUACACUCAAUCACCCAAAACCCCCAAUCCACCAUGGAACCUGAACCUCCACAAACCAAACACAUAAUCAUGCUCCCAUUCAUGGCUCAAGGCCACCUCAUCCCCUUCCUAGAACUAGCCCACCACAUCCUCAACCACAACCCCACCUUCACCAUCACCAUCGUCAACACCCCUCUCAACAUCCACUACCUCCGUUCCGCCACCACAAACCACCCUUCCCCACCCACUCAACUCCACCUCAAACCCCUCCCCUUCAACUCCUCCGACCACCACCUCCCACCCAACUCCGAAAACACCGACGGCUUACCCUUAACCCAAAUCAUCAAACUCUUCCACGCAUCCGCCGCCCUCGAACAACCUUUUCGAAAAUUCAUCCACGACGUCGUCGUUUCGGAGAAACGAAAUAAAGUAUGUAUAGUUUCGGAUAUAUUCAUGGCGUGGGCUAAUGAUGUGGCGAAAUCAUUUAACAUUUUUAAUUAUACGUUCUCUACGGGCGGUGCUUACGGUACGGCCGCUUUUUGUUCCAUUUGGUUAAAUCUUCCUCAUAGGAGUUUAAGUGGUGGGACCCAUGACGAGUUUUCGGUCCCGGGUUUUCCGGAAUCUUCUCGGUUUUCGAUUACGCAACUGCAUCAGUUUCUACGAGCUGCUGAUGGGAAAGAUGAGUGGUCUAGAUUCUUUCAAGUGCAGAUAUCGUUGUCGCUUAAAUCUAACGGUUGGUUAUGUAACACGGUUGAAGAGAUGGAACCAUUGGGAUUGGAUGUUUUGAGAAAUUACAUAAAACUCCCUGUUUGGUGUAUUGGGCCACUUAUUCCGUUUAAAAUGUUAAAAAAGAAUUUGGGUUCGGAUACGGGUGUUAUAGGUCCAAGAUCCGGAAAACAACCCGGUAUCCAACCGGAACAUUGUAUUGAAUGGUUGGACUCGCGUGCUACCGGGUCGGUGCUUUAUAUUUCGUUUGGGUCUCAGAACACGAUAGGUGAAAGUCAAAUGAUGGAGUUAGCGAAAGGGUUGGAAGAGACUAAAAGGCCUUUUAUUUGGGUAAUUAGGCCGCCAAUUGGGUUCGAUCUAAAAGGUGAUUUUCGGGCCAAAUGGUUGCCUAAUGGGUUUAAGGAUAGGAUUGGGAAACAAGGAUUGGUGGUGCAUAAUUGGGCGCCUCAGUUAGAGAUACUAUGUCAUCGGGCAACGGGUGCUUUUUUGAGUCAUUGUGGGUGGAACUCAGUGAUGGAAAGUUUGAGCCAAGGGGUUCCGAUCAUUGGGUGGCCGAUGGCCGCAGAGCAAGGGUAUAAUGCGAAGAUGUUGGUGGAGGAAAUGGGUGUUUGUGAGGUGUUAACGAGAGGGGUGCAUAGUCGGAUCACGAAAGAGGAGGUGAGUCGGGUGAUCAAUGUGGUGUUGGAUAAAAGUGAAGGGGGGAAAGGUGAAGAUAUGAGGAAAAAAGCAAGUAAACUUGGGGAUUUGAUAAGAGCAAGUGUUGAGGAUAACAAAGGUUCUUCUUAUAGAGCAUUGGAUGAGUUUUUGACCUCGGCCAUUUCUGGAUUUUAAUGAUGGUUUUGUGAUAAACUAUGGAAUGAAGAUGAUUAGAGUUUACAAAUAAAAAUAGUUAUUAAAACAUAAUGUGUAGAAAUUCUAAAUUCGAAAUGUGGUGCAAAAUUUAACCCCUUGUCUAUA